AUGAGCUCCGCCACAUCCAGCCGGCCAUUGGGCUCUCAGCAAGGGGAAGAUUACGCCGAUGACCCACUGACGCGUUUUAUAACCGUCCACAAUUUCAGCACAAGACAUGCAGACCCCAUUGAUUCCCAAGAUGCAUUGGAUCGUGGCAAACAAAUCGUUGAUGCGGCCGUUUCAGCAGAGCAAUGGUUCAGGCCAGCCAGAAUACUCGAUGAGCUCACCUUCAUUAUCAGAGGGAAUUGCUACGCAUAUAUCCAUCCACCUCCACGAUGUUUCUCCAGAGACUGGGAGAGUCGUGAUGUGCCUAUCUGUACUUUGAAAGACUGGGGAGAAAUGCCAGAGACAGGUGAGGAUCCGGACGUGUUCUCGCUCCAGGAUUUGAAGGAAUUCGAGAGUACACGCCUGCUUGCAAACCUGUCAGGGACACGUAAGCGGGAAGCGGAAUCUAUGCAUGUCUCUGAGAUCAUGGAGUCCGCGGAAGGAGACAUUAUUAAGGAUUCUCUCAACGGGAAAAAGAGGGCAGGCGAUGAAUUGACCCAAGAGGAACGUCCGCCCAAGCGCCCAUGUUUUAACGAGCAGUCGCUGCAAAGAACGAUCCCGCAGCCGCAUUAUAUUCCUUCCCCCGUCUUAACCACCGACGCUGUCGCGGGUGAGAUAGAUCCCUCUAAAUUCUAUGCAAGUUUCCAACCGACACCGAUCGCUCCAUAUACAAGUGACACUAUGAAUGAAUGGUUGGAGGAUCCCGCUGCUAGAGGUGCAUGGGUCGUGCCUAUUCGCGGAGCUCUGCCUUGGGAGGAUUGUACUCCAGCGGCGAUCUUAUUCACUAAGAGCGCAAACUCAAAUUCGAGCUCAGCAGACAAUGAAGAGCAGAAUCAACUUCCGCGGCGUGCAGGCAAAUCAAGCGAUCUGGCGCCAUUCGGCCCGGCACAAAUAACAUGGACUUAUGCGUCACUUGUUGAAUUCUGGGCAUUCCUCCGCACGUUGCGUGAGGCGGGUACCCUCGGACCAAUCUCACUGUCGUUCCAUUCUGCUCCUGUCAUCCGAGUCACCUCAUCGUCAAGCACUGUGCCACAGGCAGGACACGCUACCGAGAGCAAGACAUCCGAAAAGACAACGCUGCUAGCGAUUUCUACGUUGUUGUCAGUCGAUCACAUCAAGAUCUACCACGACGUCGGCUAUGCGAUGCGCUUGAGGAAUGUAUUGCAUGCAUGGCGCUACAAGGCGCCAAUUCCCCAGUCAAUCGCUUGUCAUCGUCACAAAACACCUAAAGGUAUUCCCUCCGUGACUGCAAACAAUGAUGUUGGUCCCUUAUCCUCAAAUAGUGGUCAGCGGAACGAUGACGGCGCUGCUGCCCGAACUAGCUCCAGCGAGACCCCUAUCGUGAAGGUACCCGUGCUGAAGAGGGCAAAGCUGAUGUUCGCGCCGCCCUCACAGCCUGACGUUACAUUUGUGGCAAAAUCCAUUUUCGCUCAUUGGCCACUCGCAGAACCCUGCUUGGAUGUGCUCCGUACUGGCCUUGUUACUGCUGCGCUUUAG